AUGCAUUCGCGUCGACCCGAGACCUUGAAGAUCGACAUCUCCAAGUAUAGGGAAGUCGAAGAGGACUCCCUCUUGAGAUGGUUCGUCGAAUUGGAUGACGCCAUAAGGGCGCGUCGUAUCGACGACGGGGAAAUACAAGUUGCAUUUGCCCAGUCGAAUCUGGCAGGACGUGCCAAGACUUGGGCUUUGGGGCUCAAGUUGCACGACCCACAUGCGUUUGGGUCGUUAGAAGUCUUCAAGUCGCGGCUCAGACAAACGUUUGAACCGCCUAGAGCUGAGUUCAGAGCUCGAACCGAACUCUUGAAGCUCAAACAGAGUAAGCGUGAUGUGCACGCUUACGCUCAACACAUACGACAUCUUACGAGUUGUAUAAGUUCCAAUCCAGUGGAUGAACACACGUUGGUUUCGGUGUUCAUGCAGGGUCUUGCGGAUGGUCCCGUCAAGACUCACCUGUUCCGGCUUGAACUAGAUUCACUAGAACAAGCCAUUUCCAUUGCGGAGCAGGAAGACUUCAGUCUGAGACAGGCUCGCGCCAGCUCGACAUCAUAUCGUCAACCGAGACGAUAUGACAACGGAGGUCCAGAGUCGAUGGAACUCUGUUAUGUAGAGAGCGAGAAGGCUCGCUCUACAGACUACAAGAAGUUGCAGAGAUGCAACAGAUGUCAAAAGACAGGACACUACGCUUACGAGUGUAGUGCGCCUCGUCCAGUGUCUCGCAACACUGGGCGUAGUGACCGUCCACCCAUGAGAAAGGUGCAGGGACGCGGGUCCGCUGUUGGUGCAAAGACGCAACGACGGGAUGGACCGUAA